GACACGCCCCCAGCAUGGAUACAACCAGCAGGAACAGCCGCUCAGGAGACACACUCACUAUGCUGGAGAGUGUUUGUAGCCGCGAUGGGAGUUAACACAUCGAAGUUUGUGGAGGUCCUGUUUCCAGCGUCGUUGCACUAGAAAAAAGGACAGUGGCUUCUUGCUUCUUCUCCCUCUGAGUGGGCUUGUCUGCAUUUUUGUCCGAGGCGUUUCUCUCGCAGGAUGUUGAUGAUAUUGGAAAGCCGGGUAAGAUCAUAAAGUCAGUUCUCUCUGAUGAGAACGACCUCCUCCUCCUCCUCCUCACCACCACCACACAAAGGGAACCACGGAACAAGUACUUUUUUUUUCUUCCUCCUCACACGCCAUCAUUUUAUUUUUUGAAUGUCAUUAAGGAGCAGAGGGGGCUGUUUCAAAGACAAAAUGGAUCACUUUGCAGCAGAGUGCCUUGUUUCAAUGUCCAGUCGUGCAAUUGUUCACGCUCCUAAAGGGAAUAGGGAGAUUAAACCAGAAAUCCCGUCCUCCUCCAAGAGCGGGGAGGAAAUUAAAGAGCCUUUGGUGAAAGAUAACUCCUCUCUUUUUGUGGUGGCGCGGAUUCUGGCGGAUUUUAACCAGCAGACUCCCAACAAUGUUGCCGAGCAGGCAAAAAUAAAGGAUGAGAGCAUGCCGAACCUCAUAGAUGAUGGAAACUCUGCCACACCUACCACCAUCUCCGAUCCUUCGCUCAAACAAAGAGGCAAAAGAUCGCGAGGUCGAACUGAGCAAGAAUCACCUCAGAAAAAGCACAAAUGCCACUAUUCAGGUUGCGAAAAAGUUUAUGGCAAAUCAUCCCACCUCAAAGCCCACCUAAGGACACAUACAGGAGAACGGCCUUUCCCAUGCACCUGGCCCGACUGCAGUAAGAAGUUCGCCCGCUCCGACGAGCUGGCCCGCCACUACCGCACCCACACGGGGGAGAAGAAAUUCGGGUGCCCGCUUUGUGACAAGCGCUUCAUGCGCAGCGACCACCUGAUGAAGCACGCCCGGCGCCACUCAGAUUUCCAGCCCGGCAUGCUGAAGAGGCCCCACGGCGGCGGCGGCAGCAGCGGCGGCACCACACGUCCCAGCUCCCUCAGCGACUACAGCCGCUCGGACGCCUCCAGCCCCACCCUCAGCCCCGCCCUCAGCCCAGCCAACUCGCCUUAAACUGAAACCCUGUCGCACUUUCUGCCUCUGACCUGGGAGGCCUGUGUUUUUGUCAUAACACUUGUGUUGCACAGCCGUCAGCAACCCCCCUCCCUUUGCUAUCCCUGCGCUUGAUGUGGUGUACCAUACUGUACAUAACUGCUUAUUGUAGUGCAAUUACUUGUGUGAUCCUAAAAGAAGGUAAUGCCUUUCCCAGAUGGCAAUAUUUACAUUCUGUACCAUAUGUCUGUAUUUUUUUAGCUUCUGAUCAUGGCUAGUUGUCCAAUGUAUGUUUGCAGUCAGCUAAACAAGGUUUAGAAGAAGAAAAAAAACAGACACCCUGACAAGUCUUAUCAAAAUGGCUCUUUUUUUGUUGUUUUUCUUAGUUUUAGGUUUUUAUUUUGAACGGGUGAGGAGAGGGGGUACACACACACACACACAUACACACACCUCAGGAUUGAAGACAGUUGCUCUUUCUGUAAUACCACAGUACUUAACAGUACUCACAUUGACUGCACAAUAUACUCAUCACUUUACUCUGAAAUUCAACAGGGGUUGAAUUUUACGCCCUGCUCAGGGAUGGCCUUGUUAGCUUGAAAGAAUGAACAUGGUGAAGAGAGACAUACAGUGCAUAUAUAGCAGCCUUACACUCAACACAAUUUGCACUCUUUGUUUUUUCGUUGGUUUUCACGUCUUCGAGGAAGCUAGCCCUGCGGUCGCUCGUUCUCCCUCGUGCGCCAGGGGGUGCACGUGUCAUGAAAACGCUGUGUGUCCCGCCUCAGCAAGCAAAACACAUCCGCUCCUCCACUGCAACGCUAAUAUUCAGUUGCCGUUACACUGGGUUAAAUAUGUACGUCAUUAAACGGCGGCGUGUGCAGUAUAUACUGUCUAAAUCUGCGUUGUGGGAGGAUCGGGAUUAUAUUGGGUUGACAGUUUUUAUAAAUACACUCAGUUGAAGAAACUUUAGGCCCUUUAAAUAGAGACAGUUAAGUUUCAAAGCAGCUGUUAAUGCUUCCUCUUCAAAAAUAAAGCGCUGCAUCAUCAGCCGCGAUUUCACACAAAACGGAGACAAAGGGACUUUAGUUGAAACAAUGUUUAUCCCUCUCAAGCACAUAGGAAAAAGUACCAAAGACAAGAGUGAAUGAAAGCUUUCUAUUCAGUCUUGUAAGACGCCCCUCAUUGAGGCCCGGGGCUGCUGUUUGGCAGUGUCACAGGUAGAACCAGACAGCCUCCUCGCCUCCCUCCUCCUGCCUUUGCCUUUUGUGGCCUCCCUGGAGGAAACAGCUGCAUCCCACAAGAAGCUAUUCACAGCCCGCAGGAGUGGCGCUAACAUGCCGUUCCCUGGAAGUCCUCCCUCACCCAUCUGGCUCUACCUGUCCUGUCAGAGGGCGGUGAGGCGCCGAGCCUCCCAAAUUGCGCGAGGCUGCCUAACGUGGGGGUCAGAUGUAGGCCAGAGAGUGUCGGGCAGAACCCGGGCUGGGCUUGGGCUGGUUGGAGCGCAGAGCGAACAAAGCAGCUAUCUGCAACAGACAGGCAAGAGAGGGCAGGUCCUGAUAAAAGAGGAGAGGUUUAUCACGAGCUGAGCAGCACGGACGAGGAGACACCCAGUCGCAGCCACCUUCUCCAACUCCCUCCCUCCCUCCAACUGUAGAAACCGUGAGCGGAAAAAAAAUGGCUGUAAUUAGUGGGCUGAUCCAACCUGUAUGAUAAGAGCAGAAAGCGUAUGAACAACAGUACUACCUAGACGCUGCUAGCAGUGUGGGUGGGAUGCACCCAUCUCCAUCCUAAGCACAGGGAGAAAUCCUCUACUACUGCUGGAGAGUCAAAUUUCACCAUGCCAAGGAAAAAAAAGUGUUGCUCCGCAGUCGCGCCGAUCAACCCGAGCUCUCAAACAGCUGCUUUCAAACUUCUCUCUCGCAAAACACGGGGGCUUUUAAACUGUUGUAAAAACAUUUGAACCAAAACGAACAUAUCAGCAAAGUGCAGUGCUCACCAGCCUCACGUUGUCCUGCCUGUGAAGCUCAGAUGUCCCGUGAGAAAGCUGACUUGUGUGUCUAGACAGACAUGCCUCAAUAAGUCAGGCAAAAGGCACAGUAAACCUUCCAUGGAAACGGGCACCACUAUCAAAACUGCUGCAGCCCCGCCAGUCUGUGUUAUGCCUACAUUUUCUUUUAAUGCUUGGGCCGGAAAUAGUUUCAUCCAUGUAUCUGGUCCUGUCAGACCCCUCCAGACUGUUGCCACCGUGAACUGCGUGCGCUAGCUUCAUCCUACCGAGCGACUCUCGCCCCGCAGUCCCGCGCUUCACACUAUAUGCAUGUUAACAACUUUGCCCUGGAAGCGUUGAGGGUUUUUUGAGGCGGUCUGGCAGGUGUAAGGUCAUGAAUGGCUGGCCUUGUCCCUUGUCCUCCACAGCAGCCAUCUCUCUUUAAAGUUGUGAAGAAUCAGCUCUGUCACAUCCUCCAGAAAGAAAACAUCCCUUAUUUAGAUCAAAUGCAGUAGUUUCCUCAAAAUGCUGCAUGUUUUUUUUAAAAAAACCUCCAUAAGAUGUUAAAAUAGUUUCCAGGCUGCAAGAUGACACUUUGAAUGCCACUGGUCGGCAGCUCUUAGUGAACGAGGCGCUGAGAGGGUUUUUACUUUUACCAUUUCUGAAAAAGAAGCUUUGAUUUCCACCCAUUAUUCAAAUCGCUGUUGAGCAGCUUUUUGUGGUUUCUUCAGUCGAGUUUUGACUUGGUUUGUAACUUUCUCUUGCAAAAAACUAAACAAGACAAAAAAAAACCCAAGCAUUUUUUUUGUGAGUCGCUCACCCUCAAGCAGUUUUCAUAAAUCACUUCUCAACCCGUAAUCUGCACAUUUUACCUCAGGGUCGACAUCCGCCAAGCAGAUAUGGGACAGUUUGUGGAUUUUGUUUUAACAUAAGUUGCUGCACAGAAAUGUCUGCCAGCCUCCCCUCCCCCCCCGCCCCUGCCGGUGUUCCUGGGUGCUUAGUGCUCACUGCUGGUCAGUGUCCAACCACACUGGAAACACAGGAACGCCUCCGUACGGGCCCAGCUCCUGCCUAUAAUGUCUCUGUAACAUCCUGCGGUCCUGCUAUACGCCUUAGUAAGCACUGGGCACUCCGGAGCGGUUUUCAGUGAAGCGCCCCUUUAAACACCUUUGACCCCUCGUGUCAGUGGACUUACAUUAGGUGGCAGGAAGCUCCUACCAUCUGAAAACAAAGCGACUGUGACAGUGUGAACAGCCCAGUGUAUCCAUCCAUCCAUACUGCGCUGGUGACAUGUAGGCCUCCACAGGCAGAGUGUCUCAUAACUUUUAUUCUCACUGUACCAAAUCUACUUGAAUAAUUCAACACAAAAGGCCAUUGAACACAGUUUUGUACAUUGUCCAUUUUUACUGUACUUGCUUUUGUUGUCAAAUAAUUAUUAACCUCUCUGGAGAAAGGUGUACAGCGUGUUUGAUUUGUUUUGUUGUUGUUUCCUCAGUUUUUUUUUUUCCAUCGUCUUCAGGUCAUUUCAGCGACUCUUUCGAAUUUAUCACAGCAUUAAGGUUGACUGUUCUCGCCGGGCUGUUCAAAGGCACCGUACUUUGUUAAAGAAAGACCUAAUUUUAGCCCCGUCGAUGGGGUUCACCCCUUUAAAUCAGAAACAGUUGAUGCUCUGUUGAUGUCAGGAUGCGGGUUAUUCCAGUUUAGCCUGCCAUCCAAAAAUUCCUCCAAGUCAGAAACUGAAAGGAUUGUUCGGGGUGACGAUAAGAAAAGGAAACUUCCUGACCUCUUUGUACGACAAUUUCAGAUGGAGUGACUAAUUUUCUUUAUUAUUUAGAUUCUUUUGCAAGUUUUCCAUAAGAAUAGAGACCACAGCAUUGUGAGUUAGCAAUGUAGUCAUUGUUUUUAUUAUUGCUUUUCGUUUUGUCUCAUACGACGUGUUUAAGCUUGUGUAUUUUUCAAAAAUCAUACCUCUUGAAAAUAUUUGACUUUUGUUGUACCUUCAUAUCUUUUCAGAACAUCCAUCAUGUAGCUUACGUUCGCUUGAUGAGUAGCACAAAUGAUCGGUGGUUUUUAUUUGCCCCUACUUGAAUGCAGAAGGAAAGAAAGAAAGAGACUUUUUCUCUAAAAAAAAAAAGAAAAAAAAACAAAAACAGAACACUGGGCUACAUUUAAUCAUCCCAUGUUGUCAGGGUCCUGCACAUCCUUGUAGAUUCAAGUAGUAAUCUUUCCAGGAAAUGAUAAAACCUUAUUUUUUAUUAUUUUGUGUUUCAGAAAUAUUUAAAACAUCCCUACUGAGCUCAACAUAUUCGUCUUAGUUUAAACGCUGUCUAUGUGAGGGAUGAUGUCAGCUGUAAAUUACUAUGAAACUCCAAUGUCAGCGUUUUUUAUUUUAAUCCAACUUUACAAUUGUAAUCCCGCUAAGAUUACAGAUUUCAACAUCUGUUAGAGAAAAGGGACUUUAAACAGUGACAAAACGGGAAUGCAAGGUUUCUACAAGAUGCUAACAGUGUACCAGUUAAUAUCUUUUUCUGCUAAUUGUAAAAAAAAAAAAAUGCAUUGAAGUGAGCUGAUUGUUGCCUAGUAUGUAAAGAACUAACAAUCUUAUUUAAGAAGUUCAUGUUGAUUUCCAUGAAUAUAUCACUGAUCAGAGCGUCUCAACUGAAAACCUUCAUGGCUGAUCUCGACGCGCAAGCAUGAUCCAUGCAAUUGUGUGCCAAAACUAUAAUGGUAACUUCAUAAAGAUGAUAAAAAAAAAAGAAACAAAACCUAGCUCCUAUCAGACAUUUAACAAACGUGUACAGUUUUAUACAGUGUGACAUGUUUUUAUGUAAUAUACAGUAAUAUUUCUUUUCUGCUUUAUGUAAACAUUUUGAUUGUGUAGCUUUGUUUUCAUUUGGUUCCUGUUAUUUAAUUUUUCUUUCUUUUUUUUGUUUCGCUGUACAAUACUCAAGCAAAUGUAUAAUGGCUUAUUACAGGUAUUUUUUGACAUAAACAAUCUUAAUGAUAAAGAACGCCCAACCAUUCCAAAGGAUUGAAAAUUGCAUUUGCUAUAAAUGUGCUGCUUACAUCGACCCGGUGCAUUUUCGUAGGUUAUGAAUAGAAGUGUGUCUUGACUGUGAGGUUUUACACGUUGUGAGUUGUGCACAAGGUACGUUUCUCAUCGUCAACAUUUCCCGGGUUUAACCUCUCCUUUCUUCUCUUCAGGCUCUUUGUGCAGGCUAAGCCAAUUUGAAUGAACAACAUACAUGCAAUAUUUAAAAGUAUUAGAAUAUUUAAAAGUGAUGGACAUACAGAGCGUGUCUUCCCUCAUGACAAAGGCCUGAGGCUUUUUAAGGUGGGGAUAGUGUCUGAGAGGCGGCCGUGAUAGGAGAGAGUGGUGGGAGGGAGCUUUGAGUUCUCGCAGCUCGUCCGAGGCUCCGCACUUACAAGAUGUUACCAAAGGCUUUGAAGGGAAAGAUGAAUGUUGCAGUAAUUUUGAACCCAACCUGCUUUGGACCCUUGAGUUCAACUUUAUAUGCUGUAAGUGUUGAUCAAUGGAUGUUGAGCUUAAUAUGGACCUUUUUCUACAUCUCAAAUAAGCAACUUCUGUUUUUUUUUUUUUUUUUUUAAUAAUCACUUGAAUGAACAAAACCAUUUUAAUCAUACAAGCAAACAAAAAGAAACAAAAGAGUGAGCAGGAACGCGCAGUGUAGCAGGCCAUAUCCGUCUGUACCCUUCACUGACCAUGUGGUCUUGCUUGACUGCCUGAACUGACACUGUGCGGCGUUUGCUCUUUACGGUAGAAAUGCACGCUGACAAAAAGCGUUUUGCUCAAGCGUUGGAUAUUUUUGCCCUUAAAGGAUUUGUCUGUUUCAGGUUAUGCAGCACAGUGCUGUGAAUGACCUCCUUUUGAUUACAAAGAGAGCCUCUCACCAGCCUUUCGGUUCUGUUUCCUGUACCUGUUUGUCCUCAAUGUACCUCCUCAGUGUAAUGUUGCUCUCUUGAUACCUCUGUGCGUUUCUCCUCUGCCCAUCACCAUCAGUUGCCUGUUGUAGUGACUCCAUGGUGCUGUUUCCCCUCUCAGCGCCAAUAUAAUCUAAUCUGUAAAUAACUCUUGACUCAGCUAUGGCCAGUACAUUCUCUUAUGACCUCACUCUAACCUUCAGGUGUCAUUUUAUUUUUAUUUUUUUCUCUCAGCAAACCAAAAUCACUACAUUCAAGUAUUACAGUUGUACAGUUCCUCGGAUUCUACACACAUUUAAUGUGCUGGUCUUAGCUGCUCUGCUGUACCUUUUUAUGGCAUUAUUUUUUACAUGUUAGACAAUAUAUUGUGACCAUGUCCUAUGCAAAUAUGAAAAAUAACAGAUUGUUGAAUAAUGUAUGUUGUCAUAACUUGUAUGCAUGAAAUAGUGAAGUUUACAUUUGGAAAUAAAUUCAUAAAAUAAGCA